UUUAGGUAGAAGACAAGAGAAACGGCUCCUUCUUCUUGUUAGAAGUCUUUACAACUGCCACCUAUUAAUAUAGAGGCCACAGCCUUUCAAUCUCUAUUCAAAUAUUUCUUUUUAUUUUUUUCAAUUUUGUUUUUAUUUUAAUUCCUUUUAAAAAAAACUAUUUUCGCCUCAUUAUUGUUGGGUUCGAUAUUAAUAAUUUAGAUUGACGCUCCGUUAUCGCCAAUUUUGGCUCUCAUAGCGACCCUCAUUCUCUGUGUUGAAAUUCACGGAACAAUACAGGCUCAGCUGUAUAGGAGGCGCUAGGAUCCAGUGUUGAAAGGAAGAUUUCUGUUUGUUUUCUCUGAUUUGGCAUCUGGGUUUUCGAAGGGAAGUAAGGGUUUGUGAAGAGAAAGACGGGGCAUUUCGGUCAUUGUGCAGCUGAUCUGUUUGGGAACAGUGAAUCUUCAGAUUGUGUCGAAAAAUAUUAGUAGAGAAUGUGGUGGAUGAUGAGUAAUGAAGGUGGCCAUUACUGUUCUAAGAAGAGUGAUGAUAUAUGCGGGGAUGUUUGCGGCCAGGAAUCAAGUCGAGGUUUGAGCAUGGCAAGAAUUCGCUGCAUUCUACGUGGUUUAGAUUUGAAGACCUAUAUAUUUCUGUUUGCACUCAUCCCAACAUGUGUGUUUGGCAUCUAUGUGCAUGGUCAAAAGAUCUCAUACUUUCUGCGACCACUGUGGGAAUCCCCACCCAAAGCAUUUCAUGAAAUCCCACACUAUUAUCAUGAGAAUGUGUCAAUGGAGAGACUGUGCAAACUCCAUGGUUGGGGAAUCCGUGAGUACCCUAGACGUGUAUAUGAUGCAGUUUUGUUCAGUAAUGAACUGGACAUCCUUACUCUACGCUGGAAAGAGUUGUACCCAUAUGUAAAUCAAUUUGUUCUCCUUGAGUCUAAUUCAACAUUUACUGGAAAGAUAAAGCCUCUGGUUUUUGCUGCCCAUCGAGAUCAAUUCAAAUUUGUGGAGCCCCGUUUGACCUAUGGGACUAUUGGAGGGAGAUUUAGGAAAGGAGAAAACCCAUUUGUUGAAGAGGCAUAUCAGCGAGUGGCACUGGACCGGCUUCUUAAAAUUGCUGAUAUUACUGAUGAUGACUUGUUGAUAAUGUCUGAUGUUGAUGAGAUUCCAAGUAGACACACUAUCAAUCUAUUGAGGUGGUGUGAUGACAUACCUCCAGUCCUUCAUCUUCGGCUUAAGAAUUAUCUUUACUCUUUUGAGUUUCUUGUGGAUAAUAACAGCUGGAGAGCUUCAGUACACAGAUAUGAGACAGGUAAAACUCGCUAUGCACAUUAUCGCCAGUCUGAUGAUAUCUUAGCAGAUGCAGGGUGGCAUUGUAGCUUUUGCUUCCGCCAUAUUAAUGAGUUUACAUUUAAAAUGAAAGCAUACAGCCAUUUUGACAGAGUUAGAUUCUCAUAUUUUUUGAACCAUAAGAGAAUUCAGAGAGUAAUCUGCAAGGGGGCUGAUUUAUUUGAUAUGCUUCCAGAAGAGUACACAUUCAAGGAAAUCAUUGGGAAAAUGGGACCGGUACCUCAUUCUUUCUCAGCAGUUCAUUUACCAUCAUAUCUUUUGGAAAAUGCAGAUAAGUAUAAGUUUCUCUUGCCUGGGAAUUGCUUACGAGAAAGUGGGUGACAAUAUUGAAUAAGUUUAGAUAUCUGUUCUUUGUAAAGAUUAGUUGGAGGUGCUGGUUGAGUGACUCCUCAUGAAGGGUUCAGCAGAACAAUUAUGACUGGUGUGUUACUGACAUAGCUAUGACAUAAGUCCAAGUGAAUUCUUGUAAUUCAUUGGGAUAUGUCUGAGGGAGCCGGACAAAUACUUGGAAGUUCUAGGGUGAAUUUUUGUAUAUAUCUUCUGUAUUUGGGUUUUAUUCAUGGUGCAGCAUACCCCAUUUCACUGAGGGGGAGACCUUGGUGUGAUGGGAAGAGCUAAGUUGUUUCAGGGUUAUGUAAUCUGAUUCAAAUAUACCAGUAAAGUAGUUUGAGGUUCUUGCAAUGUCCCCAUGUCGGGAAGUUUUGUUUUGAGACAUUUAUUUAUACAUGUUUCAUUAAACUCCUUGAUUUGUACCA